AUGUCUUCUCCGGCGCGUUCAACGCGCUCGAGUCGCGCCUCGACACCAGCAGAUGAUAGCUCGUCGAUCGUGUCCAUGGCCUUGGAGUCGCCAGGAACCAGGAUGAGGAAGCUUAUGGCCGCUUUCGACGAAGAGUCAGACGAUGACGCCGGCGUACCUGUCAGACCAGCAACGAAGUCAACUUCCACGACACAAUCAGCAAGCACGACGCGUACCGUCAACGCGUCAAAAGAUAAUGAAGACGAGCAGAGUGAAGAGGAGGAUGAGCCAGUCUUCAAGCCUAGAGGCAGACUGGCUGCCAGGAUGGGAGGUGCAGCUCCUCCAAUCCGGGAAGAGUCGUCAUCAGAAGACGAGGAUGUCUACCAAAAGGUCAAAAGAGACCUUAUGGCCUCAAAGAGGGCUCCCUCUGCAGACAAAUCUCCCGCCAGAGUCACACACUCGAUCGAAAUGGCUCGCACCAAAACACCUCAACCCAGUCCUCCUCGUAAGAGACUCGUAGAUCGAGCCUCGACUCCGGCAGCAUCUGCCCGAUCAGAAAGUCCUGGAUUGUUCAUGUCACCGGCUCCCGAGCAGAGACGAUCCAUUGACGACAACUCGAACCACGGAAGCGACUCGGACUCUGACCUUCCUGCAGACCCAUCGGCGCCCUCUCGUCUCCGUGAUCUCGUCAACCGUCGCCGCGCCGAAAGACUGGCAAGAGAGCAGGCAGAGAAGGAAGCAGAGGAAGAACGUGCCGCUACCGGCCAGGCUCCACUGUCAGACAUGUUCAACGACGAGGAUACAAGGGAUGAAGCUACUGAGCGAAGACUCACACAGUCUGCAAGACCUACACGUAAAGCCAGUAAGAGAGCUUUGGAAGAGAUGAACAGGGAAACACAAAGAAUCAAGAGAAACAUGCAGUUGACGCAUCAGGCAAAGGUCAAGAAGAGAUUCACACCCCAAGACUUUUUGUCAGCCUUCAACCGCCCCAAGACUUCGUCUGGUCUUGCCAAUGUCACAAAUGCUGCAGAUGUUACCUCUUCCUCUCCUCCGCCAGAGCCUUUCUCGGAGACUGGUGUGGACAAGGACCGCGAUACACCACCAUCAAGCCCUCCAAGUGUUGAUGACUCUCUCAAAAUGAUCCCUGAGCAGCUCAUGGGCACAGAAACUGUCGAAGAAUCCGACGAAGAAUUGCCAACGCUCCAAGAAAUCCUGACACAACCUAGAAAGACUGUCGAUAACGGCAAAGCUCCUAUGCUCCAACCACUCAUCGAACAGAAGUCGAUACCAAUCCGCAAGGUCCGCGUCAAGAUCCCUAAACACAGCAAACUCAACAGAUCAAACGACGACGACGAUGAUGACCUCGAGAUUCUCCACGAUCCCCUCGCCAUGUUCAACCAAGUCCCAAAAACGCAGACGCCAGAAGGACGAACCAUGCUAAUGCUCCGCCACCUUGCUCAGCUCACUGGUAACGGCGACAGAAUUCGCAGCAAGAGGGGACAAAAGCCUUCGAUAUCACCUCAGCAACUCGACAUUCAGCUCCGCCAGCGCGCUCGCGAGAUCGCAAAUCAAGAACGUACUGCGAGACUCGCCGACUUGCGUGCCAAGGGUAUCGUCAUCUUGACCGAGNNGAAGAACGUGAGAGGGAGCAGAUGCAGAUUGAGGACAUGCUGGGCAAGGCAAGAGAAGAAGCCGAGAAGUUGCGCAAGCAAGAAAAGGCCACUGCCAAAGCGAACGGAGAGGACGUUGGUAUCNAGCUCUGAUGAGAGUGAGGACGAGGACUAUGUUGGCAGUGACGAAGAAGCCAAAGCCCCGGCAGAAGAGGAGGAUCAAGAAGAAGAGGAAGAGGAUAUUGAGCUCUCUGGUUCUGAAGAGGAGGACACUGUCGACCAUGACAUGAUCGAUGCCGAGGCUGGCGAAGAAGAUCAGAAAGAGCCCGAGGAGACAGAAGAACAGGCCGAAGACGAGACACCCCAAGACGAUGAACCUCAAUUGCCUAAAUCCAGAAGGACACGCAGGAAACAUGUUAUCGACGACGAUGAGGACGAAGACGAACCGGAAACUCAACAAACAUCAGGCGACGGUAUCAAUGAUGAGCUCGCCGCUGCAUUCGGCUUCGGACGAACCCCUUCCGCUCCUAUGGGCAUGUCUCAGAUGUUCGCAGGAACUAUGGACGAUACUCAAGCAUCUGGAACAGUUUCUCAGGAUCAAGAUUCCUUCGAGAUGCUUCGUCAACUUCCUCCUUCUGCUCCCAUGCCUUCGAUGCCUCUUUUCGAAGAUUCUCAGGAUGCAGUGGCUGACAGCCAAGUUGACGCUACUCAGACUCAGGCAAACGAGCCCACUCAGCAGAUGGAUCUACAGUUUCCUCAGCCCUCUACUGACUCGCCUGCAGUCAAUCGCAUGUCGCAGUUCUCUCAGAUCCCGGACCCGUCUCAGGAUGUCGGCUUCGACCCCAACGUUAUUCCUCUUGCUGACCGAGUUCGUGCUCCUUCAUCUACUGUCGAGACUGUCAUGCUCGGUGUUCCAGAGUCUCCUGUCUUUCAGCGCCGUGGCCGUCUGGUGAGACGUUCUGAGGUCGACCAGCAGGAAGAAGAAGACGAAGAAGCAGUGCCGUCUUCAGCGCCCGUUGCUGUCGAGAAGCCAUCGGAUGCAUUCAGCGUCAUGCGUCAAGCAGCGAAGAAACCCGCCCAGCCUGACUUUGACAAGCAGAAGAGUAACGCUAAGGGUAUGGUUGAUGAACAAGCCGAGGAAUCCGAAGACGAGUACCGCGGUCUUGGAGGUGCAAGUGACGACGAAGACGCUGGUUCUGGCGAUGAGGAAGACAAGCAAAUGAUUGACGAGACUGAUGUCAAGGUCAACGAACGCCAGCUCGCUGCUCUCUAUGCUGAAAAGUCCCGUGUGCAAGACGAAGCUCAGACAAGCAAGCUGUACAAGGACCUCAUGUCAGGUGCUCUUCGCCGUAAGCGUGGAAACAACGCCUUCGAGCUCGACUCAGAUGAAGAUGACCAGGUGGUCGAAAGAAGGCGCCGCAGACAACGCGAAGAAGCUCGCAAGCGCAAACUUCUGCUUCAAGAUGAGACGCUGGGUAAACUCGGCAGCAAUGACAAGAAAGAGGCCUUCCUUCGUGCAAUCGAAGACAGAGACGAAGCCGACGAUAUUGAUUUCCUGGACGGUCUUGAUGUAAAUGACGAUGCGGAAAUGGUUGACUCACAACAACAACCUUCUGCGUCUCAACCCACUGCUUCUCAAGCUGGCGGCGACGAAGAGCAGUCCAACACUCUCAAACGACCAGCCGACGCCCUCGAACCAAGCCAAUCAUCUCAACAAGCCCAACCUCUGCAAAAGAAGAAGUCCAUUGCGGCAGUAUCUUCUCUUCGCCGCUCUGGCCUCAGCGACACAUUCCGCAAACCCAAAUCUCUCGCCGAAGUCCGCGACUCGCUUUCCUUCCUGAUCGAUGACCCUUCCAACGAAGAACUAGCUUCCGAGAUUUUGUUGUCGUCAGACGAAGAAAGAGAAGUCCGCGCCGUAUCCUCUGAACCCAGAGCCCCUGCAUCCGCCCGCAGAGUCCCCGCCAAAGACUCCAUCAUCGACCGCCUGACACUCAAGAAACAAGCUUCUUCCUCCAUCGCCGAGACCGCAGACGCAAACCUCGCAUUCUCGUCCUUGUCCCAACAAGCCAAGGGAAGUUUCUCCUUUAAGCCUGCUAGUUUGCUCAGAAAGGCCACCGUCAACAAUUCUUCGAUUGGUGGGGACAGAGCUCCUCCUAGUCUCAACAGGGAAGGCAGUAGUGGGAUCAGAAAUGGAGGUAGCAAGAAGAGCAGUAUCAAUUAUCAGGCCAGAGAGGCGGAGAGGCAGGAGAUUGUGCAAAAAGCGGCCAAGAGGAGAGAGGAGAAUGUCAGGAAGAUUGCUGGGUUGAGACGUAAGGCUGGAGGUGCACUUGGAGCAUUGGGUAGUGUGGGUGGUGGAUUUGAGUGA